AUGGCCGUUAAUAUGAAGCAACUGCAAUUGCAAGUCUUUGGUGACUCCCAGUCAGUGGUCAAUCAACUCUUAGCAUGUGCCAAGGAAGAAAACAGGAAGGCGGAUGCUUUAGCUGCCCUAGCUUCAUCGUUAAUCCUGCCUGACCAAGCGCAAGUUAUUGUCUGCCAAAAAUGGAUAGUACUGCCACCAAAUGAGGCUGAAGGAGCUAUUCUUGCACUUUGGUUCCUUAGAUUUACAGAAUUUCUAUUCAAUUCAUUUAGCACAUUCCAUUUGGUAUCAGAGCUUCAGCAUCCUUGGCCGGAAAACAUGCCGGAGGCGACGAGAAAUGGUGAGAUGCGUCGAGAAAUUGAAGAAAUCAGAGAACAAGUUAAGGCGAUAGGAGAAAAACACGAUGAGGUGAUUGGGGAAAUUAGACAGCUAAUAGCGGCAAUGACGGCGAAUCAACAAGCGCCGGCGCCACCAGUAGCGGUCCCUCCAGCUGUAAUUCAUGAGAACGAUGAGGAUUAUCUUGACAGAGGUAAUUAUCUUGACAGAGGUAACCCUAAUUACAAAUACUCUCGAGUAGAAUUUCCUAAGUUCAACAGGAAUGAUUUAGAAGGGUGGAUUUAUCGAUGUGAGCAAUUCUUUGAAUAUGAGGGAACGAAUGAUGAGAAGAAGGUUAGAAUAGCAGCCAUUAACCUAGAGGGUAGAGUAUUACAAUGGCAUCGAGCAAUGAUGAAGGGCCGAGUGGGUAGGGGAUUACCCAAUUGGAAUGACUACCUUAGGGGGUUAUACCAUAGAUUUGGCCAUACCUUACAUGAAGAUCCGAUGGCAAAGCUAAUUAGCUUGAAACAAACGGGGAGUGUGCAGGAUUUCUUGGAUUCUUUUGAUGGGCUGUUAAACCAAGUCGAGUUAUCUGAGGAAUACUCUAUCAGCUAUUUUUUAAAGGGACUAAAACCAAAAAUUGAGGUACAAUUGAGGAUGUUAUCUCCACGUACUCUAACAAAAGCCUACAGCCUAGCCAAAUUAGCUGAACAUUCCCUGAACUUGCAAAAGAAUCAGAGGAGUUUCAGACCCUUAUUGCCUACUCCAACUUCUUCUGGGAAUUCAAACUCCAUGGGGAACCUACAGAUUCAAGGGGCUGGGAGUAGCAGGAAUGUAGAAGGGAACAGAUUCUUGGGUUCCAACGGGAAAUCUGUAAUAAAGGGAUCUAGGAGAUUAUCCACAGCUGAGAUGGAUGAAAGGAGAGCCCAAGGGUUGUAUUUUUGGUGCGAUGAGAAGUUUGUCCCUGGUCAUAACUGCAGGGGAAGGAAGCAAAUGUAUCUGCUAGAAAUAGGAGAGGAAGAUGAAGACUGGGAGGCUACUGAAAAUUUUAUUGAGGAGGAAAAUAGAGAGGAAUCAACUUUAAGUCCUCAGAUGUCUGUUCAUGCACUAGAUGGAACAGUAUACUACAGAACAAUGAGGGUAAAAGGGGGUGUAAAAGGUAAGAUGGUACAUGUUUUGAUAGAUACAGGGUCUAAUCAUAAUUUGAUGGAUCUGGAUGUAGCUAAGAGAUUGGGGUGCAAGCUGGAAACUAUUUCUCGAUUCUCUGUGGCAGUUGCCAAUGGUAGCAAAAUUCACAGCAGGUACAUGAUUAAGGGGAUUACAUGGAAGAUGCAAGGAGUGGAAUUCAGAGCUGACAUGUUAGUCAUGCCUUUGGGGGGAGCAGAUGUUGUCUUGGGAAUACAGUGGCUAGUCACUCUAGGGGAUAUUAAAUGGAACUUUAGGCAGCUGAAGAUGGAGUUCCAAAUUGGGGGUAAAAAGGUGUCACUCAGAGGUAGCCAACCAGGUGCUCCUAAGUUGUUAGACAAUCACAAAAUGCAAAGAUUGCUGCACAAAUCUGGGGAGUUGAGCAUGAUGAUCACAGCCUAUGUUCAACCAAUCAAAGGGGAACUUGCUACUUUGAAUUUCCAACAAAGGCAGGACUCUGAUGACUUGCAGAGGUUACUGGCCAAACACACUGGCCUCUUUGAAGCACCUAGAGCUUUACCUCCUCAUAGAAGUCAUGAUCACAAGAUUAUACUUAAGGAAGGAACCUCCCCUAUCAAUGUCAGACCCUACAGAUAUGCUGCUAACCAGAAAGAUGAGAUAGAAAAAAUGAUCAAAGAGAUGUUGGAUUCUGGUGUCAUCAGGCCCAGUGUAAGUCCCUAUUCCUCACCUAUUGUCAUGGUCAAAAAGAAAGAUGGUACUUGGAGGCUUUGUAUAGACUAUAGACAAUUAAAUAGUUGCACUGUUAAAGACAAAUUUCCAAUUCCUGUGAUAGAGGAACUAUUAGAUGAAUUGGGAGGGGCAAAGUUUUUUUCAAAACUAGAUUUAAGAUCUGGUUAUCACCAGAUUAGGAUGGCUGACCAAGAUAUUGAAAAGACAUCUUUUAGAUCCCAUAAUGGAUAUUAUGACUCUUCUUGGUCAUCACAUUUAGUACAUUUAGAACAAGCCUUCAAAAUCUUGGAGGAUAAUAAUCUAUUUGUCAAGCUUAGCAAAUGUACAUUUGGUCAGACAGAGGUAGAGUACUUGGGCCAUAUUAUCACUCAAAAAGGGGUAGCAGCUGACCCAGGGAAGGUGAAGGUGAUGGUUGAGUGGCCUGUACCCAAAAAUGUGAAGGAACUCAGGGGGUUCUUGGGUUUAACAGGGUAUUAUAGGAGAUUUGUAAAGGGGUAUGGGAUGAUAGCUAGACCCCUGACUGAUCUUCUGAAGAAAGAUAAGUUUGAGUGGUCUGAGGCAGCAACUCAAGCAUUUGAAACUCUCAAGAUGGCUAUGAGUACAACACCAGUGUUGGCACUUCCAGAUUUUUCCCAGGAGUUCAUUAUUGAAACUGAUGCAUGUGGGCAUGGAAUAGGGGUUGUAUUGAUGCAAGGGGCUCAUCCUCUAGCUUAUUUGAGCAAGGUAUUGCAUGCUAAGCAUCAACACCUCUCAUUGUAUGAAAAGGAGAUGAUGGUCAUUGUGACUGCAGUGGAUAAAUGGAGACCAUAUCUCAUUGGCAGGCAUUUUCUUAUUAAGACAGACCACCAGAGCCUCAAGUAUCUUCUAGAACAGAGGGUAUCUACUCCUAGCCAGCAGAAAUGGGUUGCUAAACUUAUGGGGUAUGACUACAGCAUCAUGUACAAGAAGGGGAAGGAGAAUGUAGCAGCAGAUGCUUUGUCAAGGAAAGGCAAAAUAGUGGUUGGCCCUAACAAGCUUCUCAGAGAUGACAUUUUGCAUUUCUUUCAUGACAGUGCUGUUGGAGGUCACUCAGGAAUGGCUGCCACCUUGCAUAGAGUUAGUCAAGUUUAUUACUGGAAGAAGAUGAAAAUAGGAGUUUAUGAACACUUAGGAGCUGUGAUACUUGCCAAAGGUGUAAGGAUGGGCAAACAGAGGUGGUCAACAAGUGUUUGGAGAGCUAUCUCAGAUGCAUGUGCAAUGAUAGACCCAAGGAUUGGGUGCACUAUCUUCCCUUGGCUGAAUGGUGGUACAACACUACCUAUCACUCUGCUAUCAAGAUGA